UCUGCAUGCCUUAAAUAAGAAACUCGUUUCAUUCCACCACCACAUUCUUUUAACAGGAAGGGUCCCUCAAGAAAUUCCUCUCACCUCUUUCUCCUUCAUUUCUUGAUUCUUGAGAUGGCCUUUUCUUGAUUCAAGAUUUGUUUUUUUUUUAUGUUUGAGAGCCUUCUCUUGAAUUUAUUCUUGUAGAAGGCUCAAAAGACAUUGCUUUUACUUCAUCUGUGUGUCCACUGGCACACACACAUAAUUCUCUUUUGAUCAAGAGAGAGAGAGGAUGUUUAGGUGGUGGGUGUCAAGUCUACAACUGUUGGAGCUGUUUGUGAGCUCCUUGGUGCAUUUGUUGUUUGGGUUCUACAUUUUUAGCACGGCUGUGGCUGGCGAUAUGUCUCAAACAAUAAAUGAUUUGUUUUUCAAGCCUAAUUUAGCUAGUGGCUUGCAAAAUGAUGAGGUUGAAAAGCAGAAAUCCACCAUUUUUGCAGAUGAUCUGCCCCCAAUUGUGCUAGUUCAUGGCAUCUUUGGCUUUGGGAAAGGGAAAUUAGGAGGCCUGUCUUAUUUUGCUGGAGCUGAGAAGAAAGAUGAGAGGGUUCUUGUCCCUGAUUUAGGCUCAUUAACUAGCAUAUAUGACAGGGCUAGAGAAUUGUUCUACUACCUUAAAGGAGGGCAAGUUGAUUAUGGUGAGGAACAUAGCAAGGCUUGUGGGCACACUCAGUUUGGAAGAGUUUAUGAGGAAGGGCAUUACCCUGAAUGGGAUGAGGAUCACCCCAUUCACUUUGUGGGGCAUUCGGCUGGUGGGCAAGUUGUUCGAGUCUUGCAGCAAAUGCUUGCUGAUAAGGCAUUUAAGGGAUAUGAAAACACUUCUCCAAACUGGGUGCUGAGCAUAACGUCCUUGUCUGGAGCAUUCAAUGGCACAACGAGAGCCUAUUUGGAUGGAAUUCAGCCAGAAGAUGGGAAGUCACUGAAGCCCGUCUGCCUGCUGCAGCUGUGCCGGAUAGGAGUGAUUCUCUACAACUGGUUUGACAUCCAGUGGCUGAAGAACUACUAUAAUUUUGGGUUUAAUCAUUACAACAUGUCUUGGAAGCAGAUAGGCAUUUGGGGUCUUGUCAAUUGCCUCAUGGGGAAGACCGGCCCUUUUGCAUCCGGAGACUGGAUUCUUCCCGAUCUCACAAUCCAAGGGUCGAUAAGAUUGAACAGCUAUAUGCAGACGUUCCCUGACACAUACUACUUCAGCUACGCCACCAAACAGACGACGAAAGUCAUGGGCAUCACAGUCCCAUCUGGCCUUCUUAGAAUACACCCUCUACUAUUUAUCCGAGUUUUGCAGAUGUGUGUGUGGCGUUACCCUCCUGACGUCCCCCCUCCUUACAAGGGCUACCGAGACGAAGAGUGGUGGGACAAUGACGGAGCGCUCAACACCAUAUCCAUGACACACCCUCGUCUCCCAGUCGAGCAUCCUAAUCACCUUGUGGUAAAAGAUUCAGAAUGCCAGCCUUUACAACCAGGCAUAUGGUAUUACAAGAUUGUGGAAGGUGAUCACAUCCUCUUCAUUAUUAACCGGGAGAGAGCUGGGCUUCAGUUUGAUUUGAUGUACGACAGCAUUUUUGAACGAUGCAGGAAGCACGCAUUCAGGAAGAAGCCAACGAUGCCAAAUCAACUAAGUCAAUAGCAUAUGAAAGAAGAGAAUUGGUAGAGAUUUGAUAUAUUUUUUGAUCUCUUUUUUUCCUUUCUUUCUCUAGUGUAGCUGGGCUGGGAAAGCAAGUAUAGUGCAGAGAUGUUUGCUUGCCAGAUUAGCAGAAAUUCUACAUUUACCAUUGUACCUACCUAUAUAGCCAUUCUAACAAUAUUGUUUCUUAGUGGAUGUAACAGUAUUGUUGAAAUAUUGGAUUUAACUACAUCUGUUGGUCUCAAA